AGAACACAGCCCUGCCUAGCUGGAGGAAAGUCAGAGAGCAUCUGCGAAGAGGCUGGAGGCUUCAUUUUUCAGACACACAAGAUCUCUGCAUCCCUCACAGAGAAGUGUUUUUUUGAUUUUGUUUCUCUUGAAACACCUGGGGUGAGGAUAAACCUCUGCAUCGGCCAAGCAGAAGAAACAGGAUCUGUGACCGAAGUGGAUCAGUCAGGAGGGGCUCCUCGCAGAGUAAAGGGAUGCACUUUUCACCCUGUUUUAGAGUGCGAAGUUGAUUCACGAACAUACAUGAUUUACAAGACAUGGGCUGUGGCACUUUGUCUUCAGUGAAACGCGGGAAAUCUGAGAAAGCGCUAAAAUCCGCAUUGGUCAUCCAGAACUGGUACCGAUGUCGUAGAGCUUGGUUGAAGACCAGACAAUGCCAUGCCCUCUCCAUCUUCCAGUCCAUCGAAUACACUGAUGAACAAGGCCAAUUGCAGCUAUCCAACUUCUUCUCCUUCAUGUUGGAAAAGUAUACACGUAUACUUGAGGAAGAUCCAGAAUUAGUAACUCAGGACAAGGAUAGACAGGACUAUUUGGGGUUGAUAGACGUCCCAGACUCCUACUGUGGUCCUCGGCUGCGAUUUCCUCUCACUUUUACUGAUAUUGAUUUACUUAUUGAGGCCUUCCAGCAACAACAGAUACUUCAUGCUUAUUAUGUCUUAGAGGUGCUAUUUGAAACCAGGAAGCUCCUGCAGCAAAAGCCGAAUUUCACUCACACAAAAACUUCUCCCUCCAAAGAGAUAACAAUCUGUGGUGAUUUGCAUGGGAAACUGGAUGAUCUUUUUUUGAUCUACUCUAAGAAUGGUCUCCCCUCAGAGAGCAACCCGUAUGUUUUUAAUGGUGAUUUUGUGGAUCGAGGAAAAAAUUCCAUGGAGAUCCUAAUGAUCCUGUUUGUGAGUUUUCUGGUCUACCCCAAUGACCUGCACCUGAACAGAGGCAACCAUGAAGAUUUUAUGAUGAAUAUGAGGUAUGGCUUCACAAAAGAAGUUUUGCAUAAAUAUAAGCUACAUGGGAAAAAAAUCUUACAAAUCUUGGAAGACAUCUAUACCUGGCUCCCAAUUGGUACAGUCAUUGACAAUGAAAUCCUGGUCGUACACGGAGGGAUAUCAGAGUCCACAGACUUGAAUUUACUCCACCGUAUAGAAAGAAACAAACUGAAAUCUGUGCUGAUGCCACCAAUUCCAAUAGAUGGAGACCGUGCUACUGAGAAGGGAAAUAAAGUAGGUGCAAUCAUUACAGCUCGGGGACUCAGAACAAAUGGAUCCCUUUCUGAACAAUUAACAAAGUACGAAUGGGAACAGGUUAUCGACGUUCUGUGGAGCGAUCCCAGAGGCGAAAGAGGCUGUUACCCAAAUACAGGUCGAGGAGGGGGCUGCUAUUUUGGACCAGACAUUACCUCCAGGAUUCUUAAUAAAUACAAGUUGAAGAUGCUCAUUAGGUCUCAUGAAUGUAAGGCCAAAGGGUAUGAAAUUUGCCAUGAUGGGAAGGUUAUUACUGUAUUUUCUGCAUCUAAUUAUUAUGAAGAAGGUAGCAAUCGAGGAGCUUACCUCAGAGUGAGUUCUGGUACGCCUCCCCGGUUUUUCCAGUACCAAAUAACUAGAGCAACGUGCUUGAGGCCUCUUUACCAAAGGGUGAAUGCUUUUGAAAGUAGUGCCAUCAGGAUGUUAAAAGAGAGAAUGAUUUCACAAAAAACUGACCUCAUUCGUGUUUUCCAAUGUCAAGACCACAGUAAAUCAGGAAAACUUUCUUUGGGCCAGUGGGCUUUUGCCAUGGAGAACGUUUUGGGGCUGAACUUGCCAUGGAGAUCCCUGAGUUCACAUCUGGUAACCACAGACAAAGAUGGAAAUAUUGACUACAUGUCCAGCUUCCAGGAUAUCCACAUUCAGAAACCUGUGAAAGAGGUUCAGCCUACUCUGAUUGAAACAGUGUACAGAUACCGAUCUGACCUGCAAAUCAUCUUUAAUGUCAUUGACUCUGAUCACUCAGGCCUGAUCUCCAUGGAAGAAUUUCGUAGCAUAUGGAAACUUUUCAAAAGUCACUACAGUGUCUGUAUUGAUGAUUCCCAGUUAGAUGAGCUCGCCGAAAGGAUGGACUUAAACAAAGAUGGAAGCAUUGACUUUAAUGAGUUUUUAAAGGCUUUCUAUGUAGUGCAUAAAUUUGACAAGUUGAAUAAAUCAGACACCAAGUUUGCUUAACAAGAAUUAGGGCUUUCCCUCCUUGUAAACAGUUGGCCCAAAUCACUGACACAAUCUUUGCCACGACCCUUGAAAUUCAUAGUCAGUAGUAGAGAAAAGUAGACCCCAAUUCACACCACGAGCAGGUGUGUAAUGUGGGUAUUGGAAGUCCCUAGUAAACUGCUAUUGGUAAGACUAGGUUAAAUGUCAGCUGAUAGGAUUUGGCUCCAGUGGCGGGACUCACACACUGCCAGGUAGAAACUGGAUUUGAGCCUAGUGUUGGUCUCUUGGAUGCCACCUAACCAGGAGACCUGAGCAGUUUAUAAACGUAUUGAAAAGAACCCACAGAAUACCAGAGGAAAGUACAACAUCUGUGAGUGGUUG